UUUAAAAAACGGAGCUGUUAAGGAUAAAGAGGAGGCAGACGCUGUCCAUUCUAUAUACAGUCUAUGGCUGGGAGUCAGGAGCAUCCAAUGGGUUUCACUUUUCUAAAACGCGUUUUGAAAUUCACCAUUUUCAUGUCGGGCCACCGUACUAAGUGGUGGAUGACGUCAGGAGUAAAAACAAGGAUUACAGGCGUCUGUUGUGAAGCUAGCUCAUUGAGAGGAUGAGUGCACGUGUAAUAGCUUAGCAAAACGGUAUUUUUGAUGAGGAUUUAGUAAAUAACGGGUGUAUAGUUCAACUCUGCAGACUCGACGAUGGUUUAUACUGCGUAUUGGGUUAAGUUUGUCUUCACCAACGAUAGUUAGCAUGUGAAUGCUAAGCUGCUCUUACACUGAGGGGUCUCUAAAGCUGUUUGUUUCACCCUUCAGACUGACAUAAAAGAAAAGAUAGUCCGCUAUAAUAUUACGAUUUCUACCGUAGUUCCUGUUACUACUCAGUACGUGUAAAAUCAAACCCAUUUGAUUUGAUUUUCUGUUGUUUUAUAGUCACACUUGAAAAUGUUGAUCAAUCUAAAUCGCCUUAGCUGAGAGUUUGAUUCCUUCAGUUUGGUUUCGACGAGCUCGGGGAGCUUCCUCGUGUUUAUUAUUUACUAGACUCGAGACCCCGACCGUCAAAAUGUCGGACCUGGACACCCUGAUGGUGACUUUUCAGACCCAGCUCUCAGACGUGAUGGAGACUGUGGUUAAAACAGCCAUGUUUGAGGUGACGAGGUUAGUAGAGGACGGUCUGUUAGAGGAGGUCAAACGCAGAAACCAGGAGGUGGAGACCCUGAAGAUGCAGCUACAGUGGGUUGAGAGGAAAUUUAGAGACCACGGGGGGAAAGCUGGAGGAAAAAACGCCAAGCUUGUCGACAGUACCGAGGAUGGUGCGACUCUGUCCUGUGACACCACAGAGGAAGAGCAACAUGAUGGUGAGGGCUGGUUGAAGUUUAAACUGGUUUUAAAGCAACUCUGUGUUUCUCUCUUUUUUAAAAAACCUGUUCAUUCAAUUUUAGUUGGCGGCUGUGGUGUGAAAAAAGAAGCUGACUCUGUGGAAAGUUGGACAAUAAGUGUCCAACAGGAAGUCAUACCAGAAGGAAACAAGGCAGCAGAAAAUCCAAGAGCGGCUCACAGUAUUGAAUCACAGGUUGGUCACAAGACUCUGUCAAAGUUCAGUCACUGUGCAGUCACUCAUGUCCAGGCAGUCUUGUUCUGAGAGGCUGUUCGCUUUCCAGCUUCAAAAUAAAACACUGAAAGAAGGUGAAGUGCACACUUUAUUUUCACACUGCAUCCUUCUUUGUUGUGUUUCUGUGCCGUUUAGACAACAGAGGAAGAAAAUGUGCUGCCAGUGGUGGAUCUAAAGGAAGAAGAAGACGUGAACAAGCCAUUGUGUUCUUCUGUGGAUUUAGGAGGAUGGGGUGGCACAAAUGAAGGUGGAUAUAGUGCUGCGUCACAAAGUCCCAAGUUCUGAGUCCGUCCUUUUCAUGUCUUAGUGCUGCAUGCUAUUUAAAAAAAAAAAAGUUUCCAUUGCCUUUGAUAGAUAGACAGACAGACAGACUUUAUUAAUCCCAAACUGGGAAAUUCCCAUGUUACAGCACCAAUAAAAACACAAAAUAAAAUUAAAUAUAAGAAGUAUGUACAAUACAGACUAAAUACACUAAAUAUAUACAAUAAAUUCAGACUAAAUACACUAAAUAUAUACAAUAAAUUCAGACUAAAUAUACUAAACAUCCUAAGAGAAAAAAGUGAGAUACUGGUAGUACUAAUUCUAAUUUUAUGUCUUCUUUCUCUAGAAUUUAUUGAAAUAUGAAAAAAUACAAUCAAUGAAACCACAUCUUUGUGGUGUGAUUUUUAACACAUAAACACCAGCCAGCCAUAACAUUGUGAGCACUAUCAAUCAAUCAGUCAGAUUUUAUUUAUGUAGCGCCAACAGUCAUUAUCCCGAGACGCUUUUUAAACAAAUAAAAUUAAAAAAUCUGAUGUAACCCAACACAUCAGGUCUACAGAAAGUCUACUUUCAUGAAGCUUCCUAAUUUUCAGCUUUUGUUGACAGGAUCAGACAGAUAUUUAUCAAAUUGUUUAAGUGUUGUUGAAAAUGUGGUGGGUUGUAGUGUUGACUGGAGUGUGUUAUGUUGAAAACCGCUCAUAUUUUCCAUUUUAACAAUAAACAUGAAGAGCGCAAAAUAUGAGAAACAACUUUCAUGGUAAUGCACAACAGUUCACCACCAACACCCUCUACAACUUUAAUGACUGAUUUACAGUCAAUAAACACCUCAUGCACAUAUGAUCAUUUCAGCUGUGAUGAUAGAGAUGUUGUGUUUGGAUUCAGACCGCUUAGGUCUCAUAAUGUUAUGGCCGGCUGGUGUGUAUAAUUCCAAAUAAACAGUAAUCUCUUUAAGUACUUGUGACUGUAAGUCCACUUCCCCCUAACAAAACAAAACUUUUCUGUCUUAACCAGGCUUGGUUCAACCUUCACCCACCAAAUCUGACACUAGGCCCACAGAUUAUGAAAGGAAAAGUUGAUCAAUAACAUUGUUUUAUACUGUGGUACCAAUUAUAAGUGGUAACACAGGUAAGGUUUCUCAUGUGGCCCCAUGUGAAAAUGAAUUGCCCAUCCCUGGUCUAGAUGGUACUACUGCCAGCAAAACAACUUGUUUAAAGCUGUGGCCUGUGGAAAGGCCAACAUCUUCUUAUCGCUGCUGAUUCUUAACUUUUUGCUUGAAAAAAUCUGAAAGAAAAGCUUCCACAUUGAAAGACUUUUCUUGUGGACAUGACUUAAGUUUACAAAAUCAGAUUACCAGAGGUUAGACUAGUUUGAACUUCUGUUUUUCAAGUUUAUCUGUCUUUAACAGUAGAUUGGAGAAUGUUUUUUUGUUCCCUUUGAGAUUGAAGAGAGUAACAUUGUUUACACUGAGAUGCAGCAUAGAAAAAAAUGUCAGACUCUAAAAUUAGUUUUACAAGCCGAUAAAACAGAACAAAUCACAGAUGGCAAAUGCACUUGCAGGAUAAUGUUUAGAUGAAACUAGAACAAUGAGCUGAGUGAACUAACAUCUUAUUUCUUGAUAUGUGCGAGACAUAAAUUCUCUUUGUUACCGUUCCAGGUCAAGCUGGGCUUGAAUCCAACAGCGCUAGUGAGAAAAUUGAGGCACAACUGAGACACACUUCGAAAAACAGCGAGGAACUACUGAGAAAUGACAUCAAGCACGACCGGCAGGUCUCUACUGUUUUUGUUUCCCCUGAUGAGCAAGAUGAAACACACAUGGGCACAGAUCCAGCUAUGGAGGUGGACAGUGGUUGGGCUGGUCUGACCGCCAAAACUGCUGGAUUGGUGCCGAAUCAAAAACACGCAGCAGAAAGAGACUGUAAUCGAGGCCAAACUACAAGAUCUUCAACAGGAACAGAACAUGAUCCGUCUGAUCUAGAUAUUCAUGUUCUCAUUUCACCAGGUAUAGACCAGAUUUCAUCCUCAGCAACCUCUGACAGAAGACUCCAAAACAGUGAGGUGUUGGGAGUAACUAUCAAGCAGGAGGUUAUUGUUGACUUUGAUGAGUGUGUGGAAACCAAGGUAAAGGAAAAACCAUCGCCACCUUUUUCAUCUCUUGUCAAACACCAAAGGGGAGGUCCAGAAGCACUUGGGCAGAACCGCACCUCCCAUAGAGCCAAAGUCCAGGAGGUCAUGAGGCUUCAUUCCAAAGGGGGUACAGGUCUAAAACUGCAAGCUGCUUUACAGCAUCUCCACAGACCAACCAAAAAGCCCCCUCACGCACUCUCAAACAGCACCACUGCAGCAACCUCUUUAGCUCACUCUCAGGCUGUAAACUUAAACUCCAUCAACAGAAUUCCCUCCACAUCUAAAGCUGCUCCUCCUCCACUCUCACUCCAAGUCCACCUGGGCAACAAACAAGCUGUACAGAACCGAACUAGUGCUCCAUGGGUCGGCAUCAAAACCCAUCAUCAGUCCACAAACUCGCCUCACACCAGCCCCUUACCCCUCCCUAACUCUCUCCCUCUUGUUGGCUCCAGGCAGCUCCAGCGCUGUGGUCAGUGUGGGAAAUGCUUUCCUCACCCCAGCAACCUGAAGGCUCACUUGCAGACCCACACAGGCGAGCGGCCUUUCUGCUGCUCCCUCUGUGGUCGCAGCUUUACCAAACUGAGCAACCUCAAAGCCCACCGUCGCGUUCACACAGGAGAGAGACCGUACUGCUGCUUGUCUUGUGGGAAACGCUUCACUCAGAAAUGUAACCUUAAACGCCAUCAAAGGAUCCACCUGGACGUAUGAUGAAGGAUAAUUAGUAAGGAAAAGCCAAGAUUGGCAUGGUUGUUUUCUAGGAUACUAAAGAACUGUAUGUGCAGUGUGAUACACAAAAAAUGUGUGACUAUCUGAAGUUGUUAACCUAACCAUCUGUGCAUCCUGGACAGAUUCAUAUCAUAACUUACUUUGAUGUUGAAGGUUUAUUAAAGGGGUGGUAUUAUGCUUUUCAACAUUCACACCUGAACUGCAAAGUUACAAUAUUUGGUAUUCAUACUAAAUGUAUGUUAGGUUUCAAAUCAGGAGGUAAACGUAUGUUGUCAUAAUCUUAGAAAAUACAUGUAAGCUGCUCGAAACCGGAGACUCACUGAAACGCCUGCUUCAGCGUUACAGUCUCUUAUCACCAGUUCAUCUGUGUUUCUGGCAAAGCCGUAUUGCCUGCCUCCAACAGCGUGUGAGGAGUCACCAUAGACUGUAUACACUAUGGACAACUUGGUUCCGCCUUCCGUCAGUAUACGGAUUUGAAGCGGAAAAGCUCUCGGUAAGUCCGCGUUUUUUCUCCAUUUUCUGAAACCAAUAUUGCGCAGUAGCAUUGUACUCACUUCACCACUUGUGCAGGAGCAUUGUGAUGACGCUCGGCUCAAACAGCGUAUCCCCCGGGUGAGCUACGCAAUCUUCGUACACCCAUAGGCUGUAUCAAGUGUCAAUCAUAGAAAACAUAAACUCUCUAAUAACUUUAAAAAAUGGAGCUGCACAGAAAAAAGAGGACUUGAGCACAAAUCAGUCUUACAGUAACUACAUGUCAACAUCGCAAGCAGGGGGCAGAAAAAUUUAUAGUCUGUGUAACUAAUUUUUAAAGUUUGUCCACAACUCCAUAGGGAUUGCUGGAGGAGGCGGGAUUUGUGACCUAUACUGCUGCCCGUCACCAGAGGGUGCUGUUCUCACGGUGGCUUCACCCAGCGAGGAGGCAGACGCUGGUUAUUCUACAUACAGUCUAUGGGAGACACCUACAGUGGAGCGACUGAUUGACCACAAUAGAGGGGGUGGGCCAGAGCAUCGAGCUCUGCCCUCGACUGGCCUCUGGAAAGCUUCCAGAGAAGUGGCCAAUCACCAGAGUAAGAAAUUUGAGGCGUUUUUAAUAUAAAAAUCAUGAAAAGCUAUGAAAAAGGAAACAGAAAGGAAGUAUGAAAAAAAUGCAUAAUACCCCCUCUUUAAAGGUUAAAAAUGUGUGCUGUAAACUUUAUUAUGCACAGAGAAAUGUCUGUUGUCUCUUUCGGUCAAUAAAUUACUAUUUAUUCUGUGAUUACUCAAAAAAA